CGCCGCCGGCCGGAGCCGCGCAACGGAGGGGAGCGGGCAGGCGCGGGGGGAGUGGUUUAGCGGCUCCACCGCGACACCCCCCGGUCCCCCACACUCCCCCCCCGCCGCCCCGUUAAGCCGCCCCUCUCCAAAUAAAUCAGCACCAUGACUACUUCUGGGCAUGGAACAAAGAGGAUGCGCUCCCGGGUCCCCGCGCUGCUCCUGGCGCCGCUGCUGCUCCUGUGCCGAGUGGUGGAGAGCCGAGGAGGGAUCAUGGACAGCAUACAGAGGUUUUCAAACCUGCCAACGUAUCUCCCCGCGAGCUAUCACAUCUGUAAUGCUGAUAUUUUCUUCUUCCUCAAAGAAGCCAACCAGGAUAUCAUGAGGAACUCCAGUUUGCAGUCUAGGGUGGAUUCAUUCUUUAUAUACAAAGCCAAACUGCCACCUGUCCUAAAUGCCACGUAUGGACCCUUUUCUGUUGAACAGGCCGUCCCCUUGGACCUUAUGCUGACUUCUGCAUCUUUUGGUUUCACAAAUAAAUUCACUUUUAAUUGGAAAUUAAAAUCUCACAUAAUCGACAGCUCAAUCUAUUCAAACAAACCUAAAAUACAAACCUUGUUCUAUAUUGCGGGGAAGGACUGGGAUGACUAUAAUUCUGCGGAGAUGUUGCCUUGCGUGAAGAUGUUUGCUUUCCUGGAGUCUAGAGAAGUUGUGGCCAGCUGCAGAUUGACAGGUCAUCUAGGAUUAUGUGUUGCAGAGCUGGAAUUAUCUCCUAGCUGGUUCAGCUCCCCUCCACCCCUGGUUUCAGAGGAAACAGCCUCCCUGGAAGGGAUUACUGUGGAGCUCUUCUAUAAGAUUUAUACAGCAGAUGGGGAAUGUUCUCCAGAGGAUGAAAAAUGGGAAAACAAUAUCCAUGCAGGUCAAGAUAAUGAACACAAGGCUUUGUCAGCUAUGGAGAGGAUUGGUAGCAUCAUUGUUUACCCAAAUCAAGACAAAUUAAAACAGUCUGCACUGAGGCUUGAUGAAAAUGUCGUUAUUCGCUUACCACUCAACCCGGUCAGAGAAGGUGAUGUUGUGACCUUUCAUGUUUCCCUGGCUGAUGACUCUCUAGCAGACCAGUUUGUCUUAAGAAUUAGGACAGCCCCAGGUGUGAAGAUCAUGGACAUCAGAGUCAGUGAUGCAGACCAGUGGGGUGUUCAAGAAGAGACGGACAGUGCGAGGACCACUGCCACGAUCACAUGUAUGCACAACGACCCAAAUGCAGAGAACAGAGCAAACAUGUCCUCCUACGAGAUCCUGCAGAUGGACUUUGAGAUUGACAACACUAGCAGCCUGGCAGGAGCCCAGCAAAUUACCUGGCAGGUGGAAUACCCUCGAGAUGACUCCGUGAGUGAACUGGUGGUCUCCGAGAUCUUUGUCAGCCGAACAAUGUUUGUGGGAAUUGUUCCCCUUGCGAUGGACACGGAAGUCCUUAACACGGCCAUUCUGACGGGCAAAACAGUGUCUGUUCCAGUCAAGGUUGUUGCUGUGGAGGAGGAUGGGUCCGUGGUCGAUGUUUCAGACUCCACUGAGUGCAAAUCAGCUGAUGAAGACGUCAUAAAGGUUUCUGACAGAUGUGACUCCAUCUUCGUUAAUGGCAAGGAAAUGAAAAGCAAAGUGGAUACUAUUGUUAACUUCACUUAUCAGCAUUUUACCACCCAAUUAGAAGUGACUGUCUGGGUUCCAAGGCUCCCACUGCAGAUAGAGAUCUCUGAUACAGAGCUCAGCCAGAUCAAAGGCUGGAGGAUACCGGUCACCUCCAAUAAAAGGCCUACCCGUGACAGUGAAGAUGAAGAGGAUGAUGAGAAAAAAGGAAGGGGUUGUACCCUGCAGUAUCAGCAUGCCAUGGUGCGAGUCCUCACACAGUUUGUAGCUGAAUCCUCUGAGUUUGGAGGCCACUUGACCUAUAUGCUAGGCUCCGAGUGGCAGUUUGACAUCACUGACCUUGUGACUGAUUUCAUGAAGGUAGAAGAACCCAAGAUUGCUAAGCUUCAAGAUGGCCGAGUUCUGAUCGGUCGUGAGCACGGCAUCACCACGGUCCAGGUUCUGUCACCUCUUUCUGAUUCCAUCUUGGCAGAGAAGACAGUGAUAGUUCUAGAUGACCGUGUAACCAUUACAGAUCUAGGAGUACAACUAGUUUCAGGAUUGUCCCUCUCCUUACAAAUCAGCAAAGGAAAUAAGAGAGCUAUCAUUUCUACCACCACUGCAUAUGAUAUCCUUCAUACUCCAAAACAGGAAGCCAUAGUCAGUGCUUGGAUUUUGUUCAGUGAUGGGUCAGUGACACCAUUAGAUAUCUAUGACUCCAAGGACUUCUCGAUCACCAUCACUUCGCUGGAUGAGAUGGUAGUGUCUGCACACCAAAACCUUCAGUCCAAAUGGCCUGGGGUAGUGGCAGAAGGGGAUGGGCAGGGACCUCUGAUUAAAAUUGAAAUGGUCAUCAGUGAGCCAUGUCAGAAGACUAAGCGGAAGAGCAUUCUGGCUGUUGGGAAAGGAAAUGUCAAAGUGAAGUUUGGUCAAAAAGAUUCUGACCAAAAAGGAAGCACUAAUGACAUUGAUGACACGGACAGAGAUUUUAAAAGCCAUGGAAGCAAUUCUAUAGAGAAACCUGCAGAACAAGAGAGGACAGCACAAGAAUGGUCCAAAAACCAUGAGGACAUGUUCAGUCAUGAAGACAAUGCAAACAAAAGCACAACUUUCAUAUCUCCCAUUGAUCAGGAGUCCCUGGAGGAUGGCCAGCUCCAAAAUAACCCAACUGCCUUCACAGGUUUCCCUACACAAGUAGAAAUACCAGGAGAAAACAAUCCCAGUGAUCUCACAUUGACUUCAAGAGGAUUAACAGAUUUGGAGAUUGGCAUGUAUGCCCUGCUGUGUGUUUUCUGCUUAGCAAUCUUGGUCUUUUUGAUUAACUGUGUGGCAUUUGCUUGGAAGUACAGGCAUAAAAGGUUUGCUGUGAGUGAGCAAGGCAACAUCCCCCAUUCCCAUGAUUGGGUCUGGCUUGGAAAUGAGGUUGAACUGCUGGAGAACCCAGUUGACAUUUCGCUCCCAUCAGAGGAGUGCACUACCAUGAUUGACAGAGGAAUGCAGUUUGAAGAAAGCAACUUUCUCCUUAAUGGGAGUUCUCAGAAGACUCUUCAUAAUCAUAUCCUCAGAUCUUCUGAGUACCUUUGUGAAAAAGAAGUUAAAAGUGAACCUAUAAAUCCUUCUGGGCCAAAGCAGAAGCGAGUAAAGUUCACUUCCUAUACAACAAUACUGCCAGAGGAUGGAGGCCCCUACACCAACUCAAUUCUAUUUGACAGUGAUGAUAAUAUUAAAUGGGUAUGCCAAGAUAUGAAUCUUGGUGAUUCCAAGGAACUUAGGGACUACAUGGAAAGACUGCAAGACAAUAUGUAAAACUUCUUUCUUAUGUUUGUAAUCACCUUUAUGCCUUCUGUUUAUGGAUGGUGGAGCAGUCAGUCCAGUCAGCAAUAGGAACAAGACAGUCCAACCUUGGAGUUACCGGGAUGAUAACCUGAUAUCACUGAGCAGGUACAAGAGGCUGGCUGAGUUAAACCUGUUUCACCACAAACCAGGAUGUGCCCCUAAAACAGCUACCUGUAGGUGUUGGAGGUGUCACACGCGAUGGCUGUUUUUGUAUACUGCCUGGUACUAGCAAAAUGCUAAUACAACUACGCUCAGACUCAGAGGAGACUUCAUUUGUUUGUCAUCUCUCAUGAUAAAUGGCAAAUCAGAAAAGAAAAGGAUAUUUGUUUGCAUUGAUUUUUCUAGUUGUUGUCCUUUGUAAAGCACAGUGGACAUUUCUUGCUUACAGCCUGAAACAAGGCUUACAUUAAAAGGGAUCUGAAUGAAUCUAAUUUUAUUGCCUAUGUGCAAUGCAGCCGAGUAUUCUUCUUAUUUUUUACAGAUAUAAAAACCCCCAUGUGGUUAAUUUCUUUUCCUAUUGUUUAUGAAUUUUAUUUGACUGACUGAGGGAACAUUAACUAUUUUCUUUGAAGGGGCUUAUUUUCGGUUGUACCAAAGUGUAGUACAGUAAUAUUUGUAAUGAUUUAAGUUUUCUAUUCAUCUGCAUCAGCCCCUAGAGAUACCUCCUUCAUCACUGGUUAUCUUUCUCCUUUCCAUAUGGGUAUAUGGGUCCUUAGGAUUUGAAGUAUAGAAAGGUAUUAGAACUCUUACUGGGAAAGGGUUGUAUCUUCUUACAGGGAACUGUAAAUACAAUAAUAAACCCUGGAAAAUAAAAA